GAAAACUUUAUUACAGAACCUCUCCCAGCAAAGUCCAAAUUAACAUCAAAAUUGAUCUUUCAACAAACUGAGUUUUGCUAGUUAAAAAUAUCUUUUAAAAAAAUACAGUUGCAACAUCAGUGAAACUUCCCCUUGCUGCUAAUUGUACUGUGUCAGCUGAUUCUCAUGACUUUCAUAGAGAAGCUGGUGCUUUAGCUUUCUAAUAAGAGGACUUGCAUGUCACUCCUCCUGUCUUCACCAGUGGUUUUGAAAAUCAGCAGAAGUUCUUAACAGAUAAAUGAACAGCUAAAAAGUCCUCACAAAUGAUGGCUGCAGCUUCAGCUGAUUUACUGACCAUUCUUCCAGACCAUGAAGUCUUCUGGAGUAACCAAACUAACCUAGCCAUAAAUUCCUCGGAAAUUCAAAACAAUGCCAAUUGUCCCUUAGAUGACCACUCACUGUCACUUGCUUUGAUAGUUUUUUACUCCAUUAUUUUUGUCAUUGGAUUGGUUGGAAAUAUUAUAGCCCUGUUUACUUUCCUGUGCAUUAAUCAGAAAAGGAACUCUAUCCAAGUUUACUUGUUAAAUGUAGCUGUUGCAGACCUUCUGCUGAUCUUUUGUCUCCCCUUCCGAAUAGUCUAUCAUGUUACCAAAAACACUUGGAUGUUUGGACUGAUUUUAUGCAAGAUUGUAGGAACUCUAUUUUAUAUGAACAUGUAUAUUAGUAUAGUACUGUUGGGACUAAUUAGUCUAGAUCGUUAUGUAAAAAUAAAUAAGUCCGUAAAGCGUCCUAAAAUGUUAACUACUACACGAAGUAUACAUAUUUGUUGCGUGGUGUGGGCACUUUCAAUAACAUGUCUUAUAAUAGUAGUUGCACCCUCUCUCUUUAAUAGCAAGGAUAGCAAUUCUACUAUGUGCUUUCAUUACCGAAAUAAACACAAUGAAAAGACAGAAGCAAUUUUAAAUUAUAUUAUUGUAAUCAUUUUUUGGGUAGUUUUUUUCCUUUUGAUACUUUCGUAUGUUAAAAUUGCCAAGAACCUUCUGAAAAUUUCAAAGAAAAGAGCAAAUUUUCCCAACGCAGGAAAAUACACCCAGACAGCAAGGAAUUCCUUCAUUGUACUUGUUAUUUUCACCAUCUGUUUUGUUCCUUACCAUGUGUUCCGGUUUGUCUACAUUUCAUCACAGUUACAAAAUCCAUCUUGCUAUUGGAAGGAAAUCAUUCACAAAUGCAAUGAGGUGAUGCUCAUAUUUUCAUCUUUUAACAGCUGCUUAGACCCAGUUAUGUAUUUCCUAAUGUCCAGAAGUGUCCGUAAGACGGUAUUCCAACUUAUUUGCACAAGACUUUAUGGAGAUUCAAGCCUAACUCUAGAAAGCACUUCAGAAGUAAAACUUGGACAAUAUACACAAGAGCGAUUAUCUACUACCAUUCCCUACUCAAGCUCUUUGAGGAAGAAGUCUCUGAUAUGAUUGUUAAAUGCGUGGAUACUGGCUUUGCUGUCACUCCAGGACAUCAACUUAAGACGUACCAAAUGCAAUACUGUACAGCUACUAACCCUGCCUCUUUCUGCCUGUUAAAAAACGAGAAGUCUUACUUCUGUUUGUGAAAAUGAGAAAUUACUUUUCAGAAGUAUUUUGCUCUUGUUUAUCCAAGAAAACAAAAUAGGAAGUUCUCAGACAUCUUCUGCUGGACUAAACUAGAACACUAACUCUUUAAGGAGAUUUCCACGAGGUGACUCGAACCUGGAUAAGGAAUCUUGUAUAUAGACAUUAAUAUUACAAACUUCUGUAUGUAAAUAAUAACUGAAUUUUGCAAUAAGUAAAUUGUGUCCUGUUCGAAAGAGCUAUAUAAACCAUUCCAGAUUUUAUGUACGUCUCUGUUUUAAUAGGUUUCAAAGAGAUCAGCAUUUUAACUACAUUUAUAAAAGUAUUUUUUCCAAGAAAAUAGGUGAGAAUUUAGCAACAUAUGUGGCUUAAAAAUGAGGUAAAGAAUGCGACUGCAAUUAAUUCAGUUGUAACUACAGAAGAUACAUUUUGUUUUAUUCAACAGCAAAAUUAAAAUAUUCAAGCCUCCUAAGCCCCUUAUUAUAUUUUCAAGAGUUUAACGAAUGUCAAGGUCGAACACCUGAGGAAAUCUAAGCAAUGGUUUUGGAAAAUUAGAGAUUAAAGGAGGAGAGAUGAUAUACGGGUGUUUUCAGUUGCCUAAGAUUUCCUUCAAACUCUGUCAAAUUUAGAGACUGCAGCUACAUCAAGUAGUUCAACAAGGAAAAUAAACUCACAGAACUGAGCGUACAGGGCAGAAUAGAAAAAGUAGCUCUCGUGAACACCUGGCACAUCAGCUCUGAUCCUUGCUUUGGCUCAGUCACUGAUCUACUCACACAUUUCCAAAGCCACAAAUUUCAGCUGCGCACUCCCUCCCUGGCACAGAUCUUCUCUUUUCCAAUGAUUAAAAAAAUCUUGAUUGCUGAUGCUGUGUAAAUAGUAAUGUAACAGCAAUGUCCCACAGAUACAACUAUAUUCUCAGAUUAAAACCAAACAGAUUUAUGUAUUUAGGCACAAACAAAAAUUUCAAACCGUAACAUUGUUUAAAAAAAGGAGGCUGAAGGUGUGGGUUGUUUGACCCAAAGAUGAGUAAAGAGGCAGUUAUACCAAGAACAACUUAAAUGUCUGGCAUGACGGCCCAAAAAGGUGAACAAAUCAGACACUAGAUGUUAAACUCCAUAAAAUAAGGUUUUAUUACCCUGACCACGUACAAGCAGUGUUGCUCAUGUACGCUGGUGUGAAGAAGUUGGUUUUAAUACGACUACCAGUAACUUCUCUGCUGUAUCAUGUGACUUUUUAUGCCAAAUCUCUGGCAAAACUUGUGGAUUAUUGAACAAAAUAAACAUAGCACUUCACCUCUGCUGAUAUAAACCUGGUUUAAUUUUCUUGUGAUUUAACUUCAUUGAGCUUUGGUGAAACUGGAUAUAAAAAUGUUAAAUUACAAUGACUAGCCAGUGUAUCUAUUUACUUUUUACAAAAAGGGUGGAGUUUCUUAAUUUUUGAGAAAGAUUCCUAAAAACAUGUAAUUUUCACAGAAGUAUGAUGGUAACUGCAUUUGUUCUUAAACAUUUCAGCAUAUAAUUAAGAUACUUGUACAAUAAUUUCUAAUUGAUUCUCACAAUAAUUGUGUUAUAUUUUUUCACAAUCUUUUAUCUAUCACCUUGUCAUCCUAUUAUAUAUAUGUUGAAGCAAGAACUAUCUUGGCUCUGUAUUUGUACAGUGCAAGGACCAGCAUAUUCCUUGUCCUCUGCAACUAUCCUAUGCAGCAUAAUUCUACAUCAUUGCAUCAACUCUGGUAAAUCUAGUGGAGUUUAUAAACCAAUAUUUCACAAGAUAUAUACAUUAUCUCAUUCUUUCUUUGCCUGUAUUUCUUCUUUGGUGAGCAGUUGAUCAAUAACACUGAUCAUCAGGCUGGUGGGGGGGACGGACGGAUGGACGGAGUACACACAAACAACACUGUGCAGCUUGAACAAAAUUUGAAUUCUAAAGUUUGUUUUAAAGAAGUAUUCCAUUUAAACUGGAAUUUCAUUUACAAGGACUGCAAUUCACGGACACAGCACAAUUGUAAAAAUAGACUGAGAUCUCUUCAGAUGGUCAAGUAAUAGCACACGGUUUCAAUGCUACAAAUGAAGUUGCUGUUAAAGCCAAAGGCAAAUGGAAAUGUGUUCCACAGGAUAAAAAGCAGAUCACCUUAGUAUUGUGGGCAUGCUUUUCUACAUUAUGUAACAUUUACUUGGUUACUAUAAUAUUAUUAUGUAAGCAACUAAAUACACAAAAGGACAAAGGAAAACAGUCUUGCAGUACAAGUUGAGGAUUCUGGUCCAUCAUGUGAAUAGUAUUACGUGGGCCUUUUUGUUUUUAACAAUUUUAAUAGUGAAAUCUAGUCAGUAGUUACUUCAAGAAGGCGGCCUUGAACCUGUUUGCAUCGAUCAGAUGUGUUCUACAUGACAGCCAUUCGUUGCGGAUUGCCGAGACGGAGCACCAAGGAAGCCACGCACAGUAUCAGUAGACAAGGUUUCAGAAAAAAAAACAUUUUUGAAGAAAUACUGAAGAGUAACUUUCCCAGGACUACAUGCUACACAUUACAGUGUUUCAAAUGCAUUUCAAUACAAGAUAAUCUAUUGCUUAAACCAGCCUCUGUACACAAGCAGCAAAUAUGACCCCAAUCUUUUAGAGAUUUCAGGAGCUAAUGUUCCUAUUAGGCAAAUCCAUAGCACCUAUAAAGGCAAAUAUAAUUAGGCAAGCUUGGGUGCAUAAGGUACCCUAGGGAAAAGUGAAUAG